AUAGACAGCCUUACAAGAAAACAAGUCGAGAUAAGAGGAUAAGCCGACGUGUCGCCUCUUCCCAGCCCUCCUUCCUGGCUUGCUCCCUCUUUGGCCCAAAGCUAUCAAACGGCGUCAUCCCUCCUCUCAGACCAAGCUCACGCACGACAAUACGACAUGAGGCCGGCAUCGUCUCCCGUCCCUGCCAUGCUCGCCGCCCCUUCAGCGGCGUCCGUGGCGAAGCCCCUCCCCGCGCCUCGCUCCAACAACAGCAUCACGGCGCAAGCAGCAGCGAGCAGGCGCGACGUCCUCGCCGGCAGCGGCCUCGGAGCGGCGCUGCUGCUGUGCGGGGCGCCGGUGCCGCCGCAGGCGCGCGCGGCAUCGGACGACGAGUACACGAGCGAGACCAAGGAGGUGAUCGGGAAGGUGCGCUCGACGAUCAGCAUGGACAAGGCGGACCCCAAGGUGGCGGACGCCGUGACGGAGCUCCGGGAGCUGUCCAACUCGUGGGUGGCCAAGUACCGGCGCGAGAAGUCGCUGCUGGGGCGGCAGUCGUUCCGGGACAUGUACUCGGCGCUCAACGCCGUGUCCGGGCACUACAUCAGCUUCGGCCCCACGGCGCCCAUCCCCAACAAGCGCCGCACGCGCAUCCUCGAGGAGAUGGACGCCGUCGAGAAGUCGCUCAGCCGCGGCCGCUGAACUCAAGUCGCUCCUGCUGUGCGUUGUUGGCGUUGCGUGUCCCCCCGAUCCGGAUUUUGAGCCCUCGAGGAGUCUAUGAAUUGUUUGUUUUGAACUAAUACCACUUAUGAAUCGGCUGAUCCACAUUGGCUAGAAAUACUCUUUGUAGCGAGUAACCUGGGAUCGUUGAUCGAUCUCUGUCUACUUUUGCGUAUCAGCGUCUCCCUAGCUUGUUCC